GAGUCAGAAAUCCAGCAACCCUUUUCCUGUCAGUAAUUCAGUAAUAUUUUUGUUGGUAACAUAGCAACGUGUUUUUUUCCAUUUCCAAUGGAAUUAUGACCAUACAUUUACAAUUCAUUUAUUAAAAGGUGUUUUUAUCUUUUGAUAAUCGUUUGUUUAUCUUUGUGACAGUCAUUACUCAAUAUUGAGAAAAUUCAAACGUAAUUUAUUUAGCCAUUCGAUUUGUUUGAAGUAAUAGUUUUUUGCUUGUGAAAAAUGAUAGAAUUAAUUUCUAUACCCCUCAAAAAACCGUCCGAUGUGGAUGUAAUAAAACCAGUAACUAAUGUUAUCAAAUCCACUUAUAAUUUCGACCAAAAUGGAAAGAAUUUCUCAGAGGCUAUUAAUGAAUUUAGCAAGAUGAGAAAUAAUGCACUGUGGGGAGCCUUUGAGAAACACGAAAGUUCAUUAGAAUGUGUUUACAGUUACUAUGAUCAACUCUGUGCAUUAGAACGGAAAAUACCUGCACAUGAACUCAAAAUACCUUUCAAAUGGAAAGACGCCUUCGAUCGAACCAUAUUUGGCGGCAAAUUAAGUUUAACUAUCAGUACAAUUUCGUAUGAAAAAAUGUGUGUCUUGUUCAACAUUGCUGCUUUACAAAGUUCCAUUGCAGCCUCACAGUCCCUUGAUAAUGAUGAAGGACUAAAAUUGGCAGCAAAAUUAUUUCAGCAAUCAGCCGGAAUUUUCAACUAUCUUAAAGGGAAUGUGAUGUUAGCUAUUCAACAAGAGCCCACACCAGAUAUGAGUCCAGAAACACUUGGUGCAUUAUCUGCUCUAAUGCUGGCUCAAGCACAGGAAAUUUUUGUGCAUAAAGCAAUUUAUGAUAAUAUGAAGGAUGGAAUAAUUGCUAAAUUGUCAGCACAAGUAAAUGAGUUUUAUGCUGAAGCUUUAAAAUUAUUUCAGAAGGAAAUUUUUAGAUCUUUUUGGGAUAAGGAAUGGAUUCAUUUGAUGGCUGGCAAACAAGCAGGCUAUCACGCCUUGGCCGAAUAUUAUCAAUCUUUGGUUUGUAAAACUCAAAAACAAGUUGGCAUGGAAAUAGCGAGAUUAGAGUAUGCAGUUGAGCUUUUUAAAACAGCACAAAAUCGUUCCAAUAAACCUACGUUAUUUCAAGACUAUGCUAUAAAAGCUCAAAAAAAUUAUAAUGAUUCAAAAAAGGAUAAUGAUUUUAUUUAUCAUGAAAGAAUUCCUGACGUAAAGAGCUUAGAUCCUGUUGGAAAAGCUUCAUUAGCAAAAUUGUUUCCUGUACCAGAAACAUUUAGUUCUGGAUUCAAAGAUUUGUUUGAACAUCUGCUGCCAGUUAGUGUAUAUCACUCUAUUACAUCCUAUGAAACUAGACGAAGUGAAGUUGUCAACGGCGAAAUUUCGAAACUACGGGAAAUGACUCAAAUUCUUAACGGAGUGUUAGCAAACUUAAAUUUGCCUGCUGCAAUUGAAGAUACUAGUGGAGUAGAUAUUCCGCAGUCUUUAAUAGAUAAAGCUGCUUUUGUAAAGGCGGAAGGUGGUAUAGUAGCUCUGGAAGCUGCCAUGAAUGAAUUGCCGGAAUUGCUUAAGAGAAAUGAGGAUAUUUUGAACGAGACUGAAAGAAUGUUAAACGAGGAACGUGAAUCCGAUGAAAAUUUAAAAACUCAGUUCAAAGAACGUUGGACCAGGAUUCCUAGCGCAAGACUAACUGAACAAUUUGUUCUGAAUGCUCAAAAGUAUCGUGGAAUUAUAAAUACUGCCGUUUCUGCUGAUAAGGUUAUUCGAAACAAAUUUGACGAUCAUCAUCAAAGUAUGGAAAUACUUAGUUUGGAAGAAGGCGACUUAAAGGAUCGUAUACCUGCUGGUACAGCCAUACAAGAGAGCAAUAUUGUUACAGAACUUCGAAAUUUAAUGGAACAAGUGGAAACUUUAAAAGCAGAACGAGAUGUAAUUGAAAGUGAAUUAAAAUCUGCUACUUCAGAUAUGACAUCAGUGUUUUUGUCAGCAUUAGUUAAGGAUGGCGUUAUUGAUGAGCCUAAUUUAUCGGUAGAGCAAAUAGGAAAAAUUUAUGGUCCUUUACAAAAACAAGUUCGAGAAAGUGCAAGCAGACAAGAAGAAUUAAUUAGUAAGAUUCAGGUUCAACAUAAACAUUUUGUGCAAGAGCAAUCUGGAAGCGGAACUGCUCGUGAAGAAAUACUCUGUAAACUGGCUGCAGCUUUUGAUUCAUUUAAAGAAUUAAAAAACAAUUUGAAAGAAGGUGCAAAGUUUUACAAUGAUUUAACUCAGUUGCUAGUGGUCUUCCAAAAUAAGAUAUCUGAUUUCUGUUUCGCUCGGAAAACUGAAAAAGAAGAGUUGUUUAAGGAUUUAACAACAAACUUAGGGCAUUCUGGGCCAGCUCUAACACCUGCUAUUCCUUCUCAUCAUGAAGGGCCCGGUUCAUCCGAAACAGUUACGGACACUGGGAUGAAUUUACCGUACCCAUUACAAUAUCAAGGUGGAAUGCCAGUUCCUCUUAAUAUUAGCGGAACUGCUUAUCAAACUUAUGUUGCUCCUCCAAUGCCAACGACGUACAAUCCAUACGCUACAAUGCCAUAUUCUGUUCAAGGUAUUUACAACUUUCCUCCUCAGGCUCCUCAAAUUCCUUAUGCAGGAUAUGCAACUUUUCCUCGUAAUGAUGGCAGUCAUCAUUUGCCCGGAAAUAAUCCUUGGAAUACAAAUGGAUAAAUAUGCUUUUCUUCAAAUCAAGACACAGUGUGUUAACGCUUUUUUAAUAUUUAAGAGGAAAAAGUAUAAUUUAAAACUACUAAUAAUAGAAAGUGCAUUUAUUUAUAAGAACAUACUAUUUAUAAAU